UUUUCUUGGUCGUUGCUUCUAUUCUCCCUCGGACGGGGGUGGCCGGUCAGACUCUCGGGCCCACAGCUGUAGACCGCCGGGGGGCGGGGGAUGCCGGGCUGCCGCAUCAGCGCCUGCGGCCCGGGGGCCCAGGAAGGGACGGCGGAACCAGGGUCGCCCCCGCCGCCGCCCCGGGAGCCCCUGUCAUCCCCUCACCCCCCGCCCUCAACUCCGACCUUGACUGCGACCCCGGCUCAGGCCUCACCGCUGCGGGAGGCAGCCCCGGCGUGGGAGGGCUCAGCGGAGGGGCAGGAGCUGCAGCCGUGGCGCCUAGGCACUAGCGGGGCCGCGGGAGGCGCCGGGCCGGCAGGGGGCGCGGGCGCCGGCGUGGUGGUGGCGGCGGCCGCCGCCGCGGCGGGAACAGGGGGCCGGGCGCUGGAGCUGGCCGAAGCGCGGCGGCGACUACUAGAAGUGGAGGGCCGCCGGCGCCUGGUGUCGGAGCUGGAGAGCCGUGUGCUGCAGCUGCACCGCGUCUUUCUGGCGGCGGAGCUGCGCCUGGCGCACCGCGCCGAGAGCCUGGGCCGCCUAGGCGGCGGCGUGGCGCAGGCAGAGCUCUACCUGGCGGCUCACGGGUCGCGCCUCAAGAAGGGCUCGCGCCGCGGCCGCCGCGGCCGCCCGCCCGCGCUGCUCGCCUCGGCGCUGGGCCUGGGAAGCUGCGUGCCCUGGGGCGCCGGGCGCCUGCGGCGGGGCCAUGGCCCUGAGCCCGACUCACCCUUCCGCCGAAGUCCGCCCCGCGGCCCCGCUUCCCCCCAGCGCUGACCUCAGCGCGGUGACCCCUAGCCGCCCGCGACGGACCACCGCCGAGGUGCGGAUCGACGGACUGCGGACGCCGGCUGGAUGGGCGGUGUCGGUGAUGGGCGGACUGACAGAUCACAGGAAGAGACUGUCCGGGGCCAAGGGCCCGGUAAAGGAGGCUGAGGUGUGGUCUUAGCGGCUGGUGCGUCCGAGGGGCAGGCCGGGCGGGGUGGCGCAGGGCCGGAAAUUUCCCUUCCCUGGGGCUCCUGGAGUCCACUGGGUCCCUAAUAAAGCUCCGUCCACUUUCUUUUGCCGUCUCUCCCAGACCUCCUGGGGAGUGAUGUGGUAGCACCAAGUCCCCAUUAUGGAGUUGGACAAAUUGAGGGUGCUCAGAUCCCAGGAAAUACUUGCCAGCAAACUUUUAACAAACUGACGCAGCACCCCCCACCCCACCUCCACCUGCGUUUCCUUCCCUGGGUCCCUUGGGGCUGUAAGAAGAGUCUUGGCCCUUGAAGCUGCUGCUUCUUGGCACCGCCCAGAUCUUUACCUUUGGGAGACAGAAUAAUGAGGUUCUAGGAUGGGGUGAAGGCUGGCAUAGCAAUGUACCAUUGAAUUCUCCUCUCUAAACUUCUGUCUCCUAUUUCCCUUUGGGGGAGAUGGAGUCCCAGGGAGGUCGAGGAUUUGUUCUUAUCAUAGUUAUACUUAGGCCCUUCCAUUUCUAGGAGACAGAUCUUUCUUGCAGCUUCGCUUCCCUACGAGUACUGCCUGACUUAGAUAACUAAGGUGGGGUGUUUGGUAACUGCCUAGAGCCUCACCUGCACCCCUACAGCCCCCCUCCCAACCUGUCUGUAAGUUGGCUCUGUUAGGGAUGGAGCCUUUAACAGGCCCCAAGGGGGCAGGUGUGUCAUCAGCUUCUAGAAAAGCAGGCCUUAAAGGGCCAGACUUGAAAUAAGAUCUGCUUUUCUUCCUGUCCACGUGCCUUCAGUCCCAUUUCCUUGCUCCCACUCAGCUAUGGAUGGCCUGGGGGCUCCUUUGCUCCUCACCAUUUGAGUUGACUGCAGUUUCCCUUGGCUUUUUGUCAACUCCUCCCAGUUCCUCAGAGCCUCCGUUCUAUGGAUCUGGACUCCUGGAUCCUGCUCCUUCCCUGAAUGCCUCCUUCAGGAAGACUUCUCAAAUCACGCUACCCAGCCUGGCACCCUCCUUUCUUCGCAAGAGCCCAGCAUUUUAGUGACAAGGGGCUAGAUUAUGGGGAAGCUGCCUAUACUAUGAAUUCCUUUAAACAUGCCACAAUCUGACUGUGGCUUGUACUGUACAAUUGGAAAUGUUACAACAGGCCCUCCAAGACACAGUCAACUUAUUUAAGAGCGCAGCAAACAUUUCCAAUGUGAAGAUGAAAAGGAUUUCUUUUUAACACAGUCAUCGUUCUUAAGUCACAGCGCAGCUGAGGUCCUCAUUUUGGAAGAUGCCAUCACUUCUCAGUCUAACAACACUGGGAGGCCUGUUUGAGGGAAAACAUUGGUCAGGGAUCUCUCAGUUCUCCUCACCCUCUGUCCUUGCCCUCACCAUGUGGGAGUACCUGUGGCCCCUCAGAAAGGUGAUCAGCUGCUCACUCCUGGGGGCACACCUCUUUCUCACAAAGAGGUGGUGGCAACAUAAAAAUUAUAAGUAAAGUUUUAAGUGAAAAAAGAAGCAUAUUUAUUCAAAUAUCCUCAACAUAGAAGGGGGGCACAUUUACUCACACAAAACCCAGAACUUGUAGAAUUCUGCAAAAUGAAUGUAUAUGGAAUCUGUCCCUAAUUUACAUAUUCAGGAAGAAUAAAUUUCAGUCAUGCAAGACAAAUA